AUGGCUCGUUAUCCCGCGCAACAAGGCCGGCCGGUCCACGCGACCCCUAACGUGAGCCACGCUGCUCCAGUGGAGUCGAAUUUCGACACCGCCAACCCUCCCUACAUUCGCAAGUAUCUCCGCACCUACGGUUUGACGCCCCCGCGUGCGGAGUCCUACGAGGUUCAGAAGACGCGCUGUCUGGCUCAGUUGGCCCUGAAGCAGUCGCCCAUCGACAAAUUUCUCUACCUGAGCACCCUCCGCAAGAACAACGUGCACCUGUUCUACCGUCUCGUGACGGACCACCUGAGGGAAUUGACCCCCCUCAUCUACACCCCCGUAGUUGGUGAAGCCUGUCAGAGAUGGUCCGAGAUCUACCAGCAGCCAGAGGGCAUGUACCUGAGCUGGGAAGAUCGCGGCAAUCUGGCCGCCGUCAUUGCCAACUGGCCGCAGCCCAAUGUGGAGAUCACAUGCAUCACCGAUGGCUCCCGAAUUCUUGGCCUGGGUGAUCUUGGCGUCGGAGGCAUGGGAAUCCCCAUUGGCAAGUUGGCCCUGUACACUGCAUGUGCCGGUAUUCGUCCCGAGGCCACUCUGCCUCUGACCCUGGAUCUGGGUACCAGCAACAAGACCCUCCGGGAAGACCCGCUCUACAUGGGUAGCCGUCGUGACAAGAUCACCCCGGAGCAGGAGCUGGAGUUUAUGGAUGAGUUGAUGACCGCUCUCACCGAGCGCUGGCCCGGUAUUGUCAUCCAGUUCGAGGAUUUCAAGAACCCCUUCCCCGCUCUGGAGCGUUACCGUGACAUCUACACUUGCUUCAACGACGACAUCCAGGGUACUGGUGCCGUCAUCCUCGGCGGUGUCAUCAACGCCGUCAAGCGCUCUGGUCUUCCCUGCAAGGAGCAGCGUGCCGUCUUCUUCGGCGCGGGAAGUGCCGGUGUGGGUGUUGCCAAGCAGAUUGUGGACUUCUUCGUGCGCGAAGGCAUGACCGAGGAUGAGGCCCGUGCUUGCUUCUACCUCGUCGACACCAAGGGUCUCGUCACCCUGGACCGCGGCGACAAGCUCGCCGAUCACAAGGUGUACUUUGCUCGGUCGGACAACCAGGGCCAGCAGUGGAAGAGCCUCGAGGAGGUCGUUGACCACGUAAAGCCCACCAUCCUGAUGGGUCUGUCGACCCAGGGCGGCGUCUUCACCCCUCAGAUUCUAGGCAAGAUGGCCGAGUGGAACACUAGCCCCAUCAUCUUCCCUCUGUCCAACCCCUCCUCCAAGUCGGAGUGUGACUACGAGAGCGCCGUCACUAACACGGACGGUCGUGCCCUCUUCGCCUCCGGUUCUCCCUUCCAGCCCUUGUCGUUCACCAACUCGGCCGGCGAGACCCGCACCUACUACCCCGGCCAGGGCAACAACAUGUACGUGUUCCCCGGUAUCGGCAUGGGUACCAUUCUCUCCAAGUCCGUCAAGGUCACCGACAGCAUGAUCUACGCUUCUGGCGAGGCUCUGUCUCAGGCCCUCACGGCGGAGGAGAUCGACCGGGGUCUUCUCUACCCCGACCUGACCCGCAUCCGCUCCGUCAGCGUGGUGGUGGCCCGCAAGGUCAUCCGCGCGGCCCAGGAGGACAAGGUGGACCGCGAGACGCCCCUCCGCAACAUGACGGACGAGGCCCUGGACGCCUGGAUCAAGGCUCGCAUGUACGAUCCCCACACCGAGGUGUUGGCCUUGGAGCGGGAGGUCGGCGCUCUGCUGUCCAGCAUUGGACCUGCUUCUUUCGCUCUAAACGGACUGUCGAGCGAGGAGGACAAGAACGCUAAGCUAUAA